AUGGGGGAGGGCCAUUCUAGCAGGACAUUGUACAUAAGGAAUUUGAACAGAAAGCUUCCAAUAAGAGAAGUGAAGAGAAGGCUGGCCCUGCUUGUCACAAGAUUCUCAAAGAUACUGAAGAUAAAGAUGAGCAAUAAGCCCAGGCUUUUAGGGCAAGCAUUUGUUUAUCUGGAUGGAGAAGUAACCAAUGAGAUUCUGAGCAAUCUGAAUGGAAGGUUUUUCCUUGGGAAUGUGAUUUCUGUAUGUCCUGCACAUUCAGAUAUGUGCAUUGGGAAAAGAAGAGCUUUUGUGCCCACUAAGACCCUAUUGGUUACAGACAUACCUUCUCUUGUGACCAGAGACGAUAUUGAGGAUAUCUUCAAAAGCUUUGAAGGCUUGGAAAACAUAAGAUUCAUCAAGGUAAAGAGCCUUGCUUUUGUAGACUUUUUAUCUUCCCAGAAGGCAUCUAUUGCCUACUCACACUUUGCGGAUGGGCAGAUAAGACACAUACAUGGAGACAUGAAAGUAAUGCCCUCUGCAUAG